AUGGCGCUAGGAAGCUUCGACAUCAAAUACCAACCAAGAACGGCGGUGAAAUCGCAAGCCCUAGCAGACUUUGUGGCAGACUUUAGCCCCGACUUGGAGAAAAUAGCGGACGACGAGGUCAAACUCAUCAAUAACGUAGAAGAGGUAUGGACUCUCUUCGUCGACGGUUCGUCUAACUUUCGCGGUGCAGGUCUAGGCGUCGUGCUAAAGUCACCACAAGGGGACAUGAUAGCACAAGCCAUAUGCUGCGAUUUCAAAGCGACAAACAACGAAGCAGAAUACGAGGCGUUAAUCGCCGGAUUGACGCUAGCUGAAGAAUUGGGGGCAAGCGGACUCAACAUCUUUAGCGACUCACAAUUAAUCGUCAACCAGAUCAACGCCGACUAUGAGGCUAAAGACCUGAAAAUGACCUUAUACCUCGAAAAAGCAAAAAAGCUAGCCUCCAAAUUUAAACCCCUCUCCAUUAAACAAGUGCCACGAGACUUGAACACGCAAGCCGACGCCCUUGCCAAUCUAGGAUCCGCACUCAGAAAGUCACCAUUCUCGACCAUACCUCUAGUACACCUUUUGUCACCCGCUAUUGAAAAAGACGUACCACAAGAUGCCAGCCUCGUCCUAUCAGCCACAAACACUGACAGCUGGACCAAGCCCAUCCUCGACUACCUAACACAUGAAACCCUACCCGACGACAAGCUCGAGGCCAGGAAAAUACUUUUCAAAGCUUCACGAUAUGUUAUUUUGCAGGGUAUACUAUUUAAAAGAUCAGCGAACAGAAUGUUGAUGCGAUGCGCAGAAAAAACAGAAUGGGAAAGACUACAAAAGCAAUACCACGAAGAAGAAUGUGGCGGACAUGAAGGAGGACGAAGCCUGUCAACCAGAAUCAAAAGAAACGGAUACUAUUGGCCAACGAUGCUCAAAGACGCAAUGAGGUACGUAGCUAAGUGCGACAAAUGUCAACGACACGCAGGUAUGACACAUAAACCAUCUGAAUUCUUACACCCCACCUUAACUCCGUGGCCUUUCAUGAAAUGGGGAAUGGACAUCGUCGGUAAAUUACUCGUCGCCCCAGGACAAAAGGUCUUCAUGCUAGCUCUAACAGAUUAUUUUUCUAAGUGGAUAGAAGCAGAUUCGGAGUGCCAUCAGAAAUCAUAUGCGACAACGGAUCCCAAUUCAUCAGCGACAAGACUAAUGCUUUCUGCAAGACGUGGAACAUUGAGCUAA